AAUAAUUGACAAUAGAAUGAAUCACCCUCUCAAGUACACACCAAUCAGCACUAUAUAUAAUGAGUCAUUCAUGCCCUUAAUUCACCAAACCAUCCUAUCUCACUACAAGUUUCUUUUCCUUUCCUCAUCAGAGUAAACACUAUGGACAAUAUGUGUCGAUUAAAAUUCCAAAAUAUAUCAACACUGACUCAAGGGAUGAAAACUCAUUCAAAUCUAAUGAAAUUUACACAAAUAUUCAUUUCACUAUCUGUGUUUUCCUUCAUUUGUUCACCUUCUUCCUUGUUUGUUAUCCUUCACUACUUUAAAUUAUAUUUCUCUACUUUUCCUUCUCAACUCUACACUCACAAUAUAGACAAGAACAACAUGUUCCUCCUUUGCAAUGGUCUCCUAGUUUUCGUUGGUUUAACUAAAUCUUUCUCCAACUCUUCUAGUGAUGAUGAUGAUAAACCUUCCAAUAUUGAAGAAAAAGAAGAAGAAAUUUGUUCACGGUCUCAUGUUCUUGAUGUUGAGGUGAAUGAGCCAUUGUUGGAGAGAGAAGUUGAGAUGAGAACUAAUGAAGCAGAUGAACACAAUGCUGCAGUAGAGGAAAAAGAAGUACAAGAAAAGGUUGAAAAGAUAAUAUUUAUAGAGGAAGAACAAGAAGAGAUGAAGGAUGUAGAAGAAGAAGUUGAACUAUUUGAUGCAGAUGAUGAAGACGGAGAUAAAGGGUCGGAAAUUGAUUACAUUCUAAUUGAAGAAAACAACAUAGAAGAAGAGGAGCAUGAAGAAGAAGAAGAAGAAGAAGAAAGUAGUGUGUUAAGUACAGAAGAGUUAAACAAAAAAUUCGAAGAUUUCAUUAGAAAGAUGAAAGAAGAUCUAAGAAUUGAUGCUAGACGGCAUUUAGUCAUGGUUUGAUUUAAGUAAACAGCAACCAUGAUCUUCUUUCUUUUGAUCAUGCUAUUUUAGAUGUAUGCAUCCAUUAAAUUUUGCAAAGAUUUCCCCAUAUUAACAAAGAGCAAGUUUACAUGCCAAAUUUCUUUUUUAA